AUGGAUGUGUCAGUAGAAGAAGUGACAGACACCAUUGUAAAACCCUCAGCAACACCAGCAACCAUUGCCAUCCCUGCAGUGAGUGAGACUGCAUCACCAGCCAUUACAGCAACCAUUGCCAUCCCUACAGUGAGUGAGACUGCAUCACCAGAAGCCGCUGCUUUGGGACCAACAACCCUGUUGGAAUACUUUUCACCAGUAAAGCCAUGGGAAAGGGACUGGCAUCCAGUGCAAGAAAAACUGCUUGAUUACGUGCUGGAUGUCAAACGGCCUGGAGCUGAAAUUAUUGUCAAGGAGGGGAAAUUGUGUCUCAUUAGAGAGGAGUUUUGGAGCUUGGGUUUGCUGAGGGAUAUGGAUUCACACAUUGGAAACGCCUGCAUGCAGCUUAUUAUUGAAAUGGCUCGGAAUAUUGGCAAAGAUAUAUGCAUAGAGAGCUUUUAUGUUGUUCCUACUUGGAAGGAAACCCCAAACAUUGUUACAGCAUUACCGGAGGAUGCAGAUAUGAAAGACUUGAUAGUCUUUCCAGCAUGGACAAAAGCUAAUGGCCCUGACCAUUACAUUGUCUGUGUAAGGAAUUAUUUCUUACUAGAUAUUGAGUGUCUCAUAGAUAUGUUGAUUACAGCGUAA